CAAAACAGUUUCUUAAAUGUUAUCUGGAAAGUGUUGCCUUCAGUAAGUAAGGGAUCGGUGGAUUUAUCAUCAUGUCGAGAUUGUUGGAUAUGAAGGAGUUUGGGGAAGCUGCUCCGUUUCUGCGCAAAUCCGACCUGGAGCUGCUGGCGGCGCAAACGGUGGCGUUUGAUGGAAAGAAACGCGCUUGGAUACCAGAUGAAAAGGACGCGUACAUUGAGGUGGAAAUCAGGGAGAUUGAUGGUGACAAAGUCAUCGUUGAGACCAAGGACGGGAAGUGUUUAACUGUGAAGGAGGAUGACAUUCAACAGAUGAACCCUCCGAAGUUUGACAUGAUAGAGGACAUGGCCAUGCUCACACACCUGAAUGAAGCUUCGGUGCUCUACAAUCUGCGGAGACGCUACAGCAAUUGGAUGAUCUAUACAUAUUCUGGACUCUUCUGUGUGACCGUGAACCCAUAUAAAUGGCUUCCCGUCUACACGGCUCCUGUAGUGGCUGCCUACAAAGGCAAGCGUCGCUCCGAGGCUCCACCUCACAUCUAUUCCAUUGCUGAUAAUGCCUACAAUGACAUGUUGCGCAAUCGUGAGAAUCAGUCCAUGCUAAUCACCGGAGAAUCUGGUGCUGGCAAAACAGUAAACACGAAACGUGUAAUUCAGUAUUUUGCCAUAGUAGCGGCUCUGGGUGAGGCAUCGACUAAAAAAGGAGCCCCUGCCACUAAAACAGGGGGUACUUUGGAAGACCAGAUUAUUGAAGCUAAUCCGGCAAUGGAGGCUUUUGGAAAUGCCAAGACAUUGAGGAAUGAUAACUCAUCCCGUUUUGGUAAAUUCAUCAGGAUCCAUUUCGGACCAACUGGGAAACUGGCUUCCGCUGACAUUGAUAUAUAUCUUUUGGAAAAAUCCAGAGUGAUAUUUCAGCAGCCUGGGGAGCGUAGUUACCAUAUCUACUACCAGAUCAUGUCACAAAAGAAGCCUGAACUUCUCGACAUGCUUCUGGUCUCUUCAAACCCCUACGACUACCAUUUUUGCUCCCAAGGAGUGACAACGGUAGAGAGUAUGGAUGACGGGCUGGAGCUUAUGGCUACUGAUCAUGCCAUGGAUAUCCUUGGCUUCACUCCAGAAGAAAAGUAUGGCUGCUAUAAAAUAGUAGGGGCCAUCAUGCACUUCGGGAACAUGAAAUUCAAACAGAAGCAGAGGGAAGAGCAGGCAGAAGCCGAUGGCACUGAAAGUGCUGAUAAGGCCUCCUACCUGAUGGGUGUUAGCUCAGCAGACCUCAUAAAGGGUCUUCUGCACCCUAGAGUGAAGGUGGGCAACGAGUAUGUGGUUAAAGGACAGAAUGUCGAACAGGUUAACUAUGCAGUGGGAGCUCUGGCCAAAGCCACUUAUGACCGCAUGUUUAAGUGGUUGGUGGGGCGUAUAAAUAGGACGCUCUACACCGUUCUGCCGCGCCAGUUCUUUAUCGGAGUACUGGACAUCGCCGGCUUUGAGAUCUUUGAGGUGAGUGACUCUCGAAAUUCCACACCGCACUUAUCUAGAUUUCCGUCGGCAUUCACACUUGUGCAUCUGUCAUGUGGAUUCUCUCAACAGCUCAACAGCUUCGAGCAGCUCUGCAUCAACUUCACCAAUGAGAAACUGCAACAGUUUUUCAACCACCACAUGUUCAUCCUGGAACAGGAGGAGUACAAAAGGGAGGGGAUUGAAUGGACGUUUAUCGACUUUGGGCUUGACCUCCAGGCCUGCAUUGACCUCAUUGAAAAGCCCUUAGGAAUCAUGUCCAUCCUUGAAGAGGAGUGCAUGUUCCCUAAAGCUACUGACAGCAGCUUCAAGGCAAAGCUGUUUGACAAUCACCUUGGCAAAUCUGCCAAUUUCCAAAAGCCAAGGCCUGACAAGAAGAGAAAGUAUGAGGCUCACUUUGAACUAGUGCACUAUGCAGGAGUGGUGCCAUAUAAUAUUAUUGGUUGGUUGGACAAAAACAAAGACCCCCUGAAUGAAACAGUGGUAGCUUGUUUCCAGAAAUCAGCCAACAAGCUUCUAGGUAGUCUCUAUGAGAAUUAUGUUAGCUCUGACUCAGCCUCUGACACAAAAACAGGUGGCAAGGAAAAGAGGAAAAAAGCUGCUUCCUUCCAGACAGUGUCACAGCUACACAAGGAGAAUCUCAACAAACUGAUGACAAACUUGCGAAGCACUCAGCCCCAUUUUGUGCGCUGCAUUAUCCCCAAUGAGACCAAAACACCAGGUAUCAUGGAUUCUUACCUGGUGCUCCAUCAGCUGCGCUGUAACGGAGUCCUGGAGGGUAUUCGCAUUUGCAGGAAGGGAUUUCCUAACAGAAUACUUUAUGCCGAUUUCAAACAACGUUAUCGCAUUCUAAAUCCUCACGCCAUCCCUGAUGACAAGUUUGUUGACAGCAGGAAGGCUGCAGAGAAACUUCUGGCUUCACUGGAUAUCGACCAUAAUCAGUAUAGAUUUGGACAUACUAAGGUGUUCUUUAAAGCUGGUCUGCUGGGGCACCUGGAGGAGAUGAGGGAUGAGCGUCUGGCUAAAGUUCUCACUCUACUGCAGGCCGCCAGCCGUGGCAAGAUCAUGAGGAUGGAGCUGAAAAAGAUGACGGAGAGAAAGGAGGCUCUUAUGAUAAUCCAGUGGAAUAUCCGGGCUUUCAACAUUGUGAAGAACUGGCCUUGGAUGAAACUCUUCUUCAAAAUCAAGCCCCUGCUGAGGAGCGCUGCCACAGAAAAAGAACUGGCUGCUCUAAAAGAGGAGUUUCUGAAGCUUAAGGAGGCACUGGAGAAAUCAGAGUCCAAACGUAAGGAACUGGAAGAGAAACAGGUCAGCCUGAUCCAAGAGAAGAAUGACCUUUCCCUGCAGCUUCAGGCAGAGCAGGAUAACCUGGCAGAUGCAGAGGAUCGUUGUGACCUGCUCAUUAAGACCAAGAUUCAACUUGAAGCAAAAGUGAAGGAAUUGACUGAACGCUUGGAAGACGAAGAGGAGAUGAAUGCUACUGUUCUUGCAAAAAAACGCAAGCUGGAGGAUGAGUGUGCUGAGCUGAAAAAGGACAUUGAUGAUCUGGAGAUAACCUUGGCCAAGGUGGAGAAGGAGAAGCAUGCCACUGAAAACAAGGUGAAGAAUCUGAUAGAAGAGAUGGCAGCUUUGGAUGAAACUAUUCUGAAGCUCACUAAAGAAAAGAAGGCCCUACAGGAGAGUCACCAACAGACAUUGGAUGACUUGCAGACAGAGGAAGACAAAGUCAACACUCUGACCAAGGCCAAAGCCAAGUUGGAGCAGCAAGUAGAUGAUUUGGAGGGGUCCUUGGAACAGGAGAAGAAAUUGCGGAUGGACCUGGAACGGGUCAAACGCAAGAUGGAGGGCGAUCUCAAGCUGGCCAUGGAGUCUGUCAUGGACCUUGAAAAUGACAAGCAGCAAUUAGAGGAAAAGCUAAAGAAAAAAGAUUUUGAAAUGAACCAGAUCAGUUCGAAAAUUGAAGAUGAGCAAGUGCUCAUCAUCCAGCUUCAAAAGAAGAUCAAGGAAUUGCAGGCUCGUAUCGAGGAGCUUGAAGAGGAGCUGGAAGCAGAGCGUUCUACUCGAGCGAAGAUGGAGAAACAGCGAUGCGAUGCCUCCAAAGAGCUCGAAGAGCUCAGCGAGCGUCUUGAGGAAGCUGGAGGUGCCACGUCAGCUCAAAUUGAGAUGAAUAAGAAACGGGAGGCAGACUUUCUAAAACUGCGUCGUGACCUUGAGGAGGCCAUAUUGCACCACGAGGCUAUGACUGCCGCACUGCGCAAAAAGCAUGCAGACAGCGUGGCUGAACUGAGUGAGCAAAUUGACAGCCUUCAGCGGGUCAAACAGAAGUUGGAGAAGGAGAGAAGUGAGGCCAAGAUGGAGGCAGAUGACCUAACCUCCAAUUUGGAGCAGCUGGCAAAGAGCAAGUCUACCACUGAGAAAACGUGUCGGCUCUAUGAAGACCAGAUGAAUGAGUCAAAAGCCAAAGUGGAGGAGCUCCAAAGGCAACUGAGCGACACUAACACACAGCGAGCCCGAGCUCAGGCUGAAAGCGCUGAGCUGGGCAGAAAGCUGGAGGAGCAUGAAGCUCUGGUGUCUCAACUGCAGCGCAACAAAAACUCUCUUAGCCAAAACAUAGAGGAGCUCAAGAAACAGCUAGAUGAAGAAUCCAAAUCAAAGAAUGCCUUGGCUCAUGCCCUGCAAUCAUCCAGGCAUGACUGUGAUCUGCUGCGGGAGCAGUACGAUGAAGAGCAAGAGGGAAAAUCUGAGCUGCAGCGUGCACUGUCCAAGGCCAAUGCCGAAGUCGCCCAAUGGAGGACCAAGUAUGAGACAGACGCCAUACAGAAGACAGAGGAACUCGAGGAAGCAAAGAAGAAAUUGGCCGUCCGCCUCCAAGAGGCUGAGGAACAAGUCGAGGCAUCAAACGCAAAGUGCUCCUCCUUAGAAAAGACCAAACAUCGACUUCAGUCGGAGAUAGAGGAUCUCGUAGUAGAUCUGGAGCGUGCUAAUGCAACCGCCACUGCCCUGGAUAAAAAACAGAGGCAAUUUGACAAGAUUCUGGCUGAAUGGAAGCAGAAGUAUGAGGAGUGUCAGUCUGAGCUGGAGUCUUCACAGAAAGAGUCUCGUAAUCUGAGCACAGAGCUGUUUAAACUCAAGAACUCUUACGAGGAGGCUCUGGACCAUCUGGAAAGCAUCAAACGGGAGAAUAAGAAUCUACAGGAGGAGAUUUCCGACCUGAAUGACCAAAUAGGCCAGGGGAGCAAGACCAUUCAUGAGCUUGAGAAGAUCAAGAAAGGCUUAGACCUGGAGAAGACUGAAAUUCAGGCAGCCCUAGAGGAAGCUGAAGGAACUCUGGAGCAUGAGGAGAGCAAGACUCUACGUAUACAGCUUGAACUCAACCAGAUCAAAGCAGACAUUGACAGGAAGCUGGCUGAGAAAGAUGAGGAAAUCGACAAUCUCCGUCGUAACCAUCAGCGUGCCAUAGAGUCCAUGCAAGCCAGCCUGGACGCAGAAGCAAAGUCCCGUAAUGAAGCCAUCAGGUUAAAGAAGAAGAUGGAGAGCGAUCUGAAUGAAAUGGAGGUUCAGCUGAACCAUGCAAAUCGCUUGGCCACCGAGUCCCAAAAAAUGGUCCGCAACCUGCAGACACAGAUUAAGGACCUUCAGAUCGAACUGGAUGAGACCAUUCACCAGAAUGAAGAACUGAAGGAGCAGGUUGCUGUUACUGAACGCAGAAACAACCUCCUAACGGCUGAGGUUGAAGAACUCAGAAGCCAGCUGGAGCAGACCGAUCGCGCCCGCAAACUGGCUGAGUAUGAGCUUCUGGAAACCACAGAAAGGGUCAACCUACUGCAUACCCAGAAUACGUCGCUGCUUAAUCAAAAGAAAAAAUUGGAGAGUGACAUCUCUACAUUGUCUAGCGAGGUGGAUGAUGCUGCACAGGAGUGCCGAAAUGCAGAAGAAAAAGCCAAAAAGGCCAUCACUGAUGCUGCCAUGAUGGCAGAAGAACUCAAGAAAGAGCAGGACACGAGUGCUCACAUGGAACGCAUGAAGAAGAACAUGGAGCAGACCAUCAAAGAUCUGCAGAUGCGUCUGGAUGAGGCCGAGCAGAUCGCUCUAAAAGGAGGCAAGAAACAAAUCCAGAAACUGGAAAGCAGGGUCAGAGACCUGGAGAGUGAGCUGGAAUCUGAACAGAAAAAAAGCAAUGAAUUCCAGAAGGGAGUGCGCAAAUACGAGCGAAGGAUCAAAGAGCUCACCUACCAGACUGAGGAGGACAGGAAGAACAUGGCUCGUCUGCAGGAGCUCAUAGACAAGCUGCAGGCCAAAGUUAAGACCUACAAGAGACAAGCAGAAGAGGCGGAGGAACAAGCUAAUACCAACUUGACCAAGUGCAAGAAGAUCCAGCAUGAGCUAGAUGAUGCUGAGGAACGAGCUGAUAUCGCAGAGUCUCAAGUGAAUAAAUUACGUACCCGAACUAGAGACCCGGGUAGCAAGCUCGCAGAGUGAAGAGGAAGGCCCUGUCAUAUAGGAUCACUGCCCACAGCUGCAACAGUUGUUGUGUGAGAGUGAAUUAAAAAUAUGCCUAAACCUAUAAACAAAAUGCAAAUAAUAACUGUAUGUUUAUGUAUUCCGUAAAAAUCUGUAUUUCAUGUUGUCUUUAUUUGUACCAAUGUAUACGCCUACUGCAACGUUGACAUCUCUUCGGUUUUAAAUUUUCAAAGAUAAAACCCUCUUCAGUGUU